AUUAACAAACAAAUAUAUAUAUUUUUUCUUUUCUUUGUACAGUGAAGGAUGGAGGCUAGCGAGUGGGAUCACGCGACCUUGAGAGAAGAGGAAUUCGAGCAGCAUGCGGUAUAUUUGGUACCGGAUGUGUCGGCAUCGCCCGGCGAUACCAAUCGUGCGGAGGCAUCCCUGCCAAGAAAUUUGGUCCUCAAACCUUCUCAGGCCCUCAACGAUGUACGUUCCUCCGCCAAAGAAUCGUUUCUCGAGACCUCCUCGGUUUUGGGAGUGUGGAGCACAAGUUACAUACCCAAGGGGACACGGUUCGGUCCCCUUGUGGGCCAUGUGUACACCAAGGACUCGGUGCCGGCCGACGCGAACCGGAAGUACUUCUGGAGGGUAAGAAUCGUUCGAGUGUCUAUUCGAGAGCCGCGCAUAUUUCGCAAGCGGUCGGCUAUCAUCGCGUAGGCCAGUCUCUUGGAUGAGACGGGAGGAAAGGAAGAAAAA